CGGAUUUCCAAUUUCACAUGCAAAAAGUCGUUCAAAUGCGAUGAACCUUAACGUGCUCGUCCGAUGUACAGUAAUUAAUAACUGAUGAGAGUGACUGGGACUGAUGAUGAACCUCACCUCACCUCACGUAAGGAGUGGCCGUCAGUUGCUGUUGCGGGGGUGUGGUGUGGCCGCCGAGCCGAAAGCGGCAGCAUUCGUCGUCUCCCAGAUGCGCAUGCGGCGGUAGCUAGCUUCCGUCACCGCUCCCCCAGUAGGCCAGUACCACCAAAUCUCUAGCGAGGCCGCCCGCAACCGUGUCCCGGGGUUGAGGAUCUGCGCGGGGCCGUCCUCGCGCGCGCCGCCGCAUCCCCGCCGUCCCACUCCGGCGAGGCUGGCUGCGUUCCGUCGUCGUCCCCCGCACCGCCGCUGACUCCUGGUAAAGCCGCCGCCCCCGCUCACCUAUCGCUCCUAGAAUCCUUCGUUCUCCGGUGGGGUUGCGACGCGACGCGUCUCGUCGCCUUUUUUUCCUUUUGUUCUUUUGCCGCCUCGCCAACAGAAGUUCGGGGAAUGAUCUGUCGUCUACCGUAAAACGGAAACCCUGUCGAUUGGUGGUUUCGUCAGUACGCAGAGUCCUCCUGUCCUGCGUCUCAAUCAGGCAGGCGGCCCUUCUGCGUCGGCGUUGUGCACGUUCGGCCGUGGCUGGCCGCCCGCCGCCUCUGCUGCUCUUGCAAGGCAGUAAGCAGUAGCAACAUUUUCCUGCUGCUGACGGAUGCGAUCACCUGUGCCACUGCCAUCGCAGGAACAGGAACCAGCUUCUUCGCCCCCACCAUCUCACGUCCAGCGUCGCGAACUCGCGAUGGCGGGCGCCGCCACUCCUCCUCCGUCGUCGUCGUCGUCGGCGUCGUGUGGCACGGACGCUGCCUACCUGCUGUUCCGCGGGGAGACGCUGCUCCCCGACGGCGUCCACGCCUCCCUCUACGCCGUCGCUCUCGCGUACUGCUUCGUGGGGCUGUCCGCGGUCACGGCCCGCUUCUUCAAAUCCAUGGAGCAGAUCAUGAGGCACUCCCGGGAGGUGGUGGUCGGCGUGGACCCGCGCACCGGGGCGCCCGUCGUGAGGCGCGACAAGGUGUGGAACUACACCGUCGCGGACAUUGCUCUCCUCGCCUUCGGCACCAGCUUCCCUCAGAUCUCCCUCGCCACCAUCGACGCCAUCCGUAACCUCGGUCAACUCACAGCAGGAGGUCUAGGUCCAGGCACACUUGUCGGCUCUGCGGCGUUUGAUCUGUUUCCGAUCCACGCUGUCUGUGUGCUUAUGCCAAGGGCGGGAUCAAAGAAGAAGAUCUCGGACCUGGGCGUUUGGUUAGUCGAGCUCUUCUGGUCUUUCUGGGCAUAUAUCUGGCUCUAUGUCAUCUUAGAGGUGUGGACGCCUAGAGUGAUCACCCUCUGGGAGGCAUCGCUGACAGUCCUGCAGUAUGGGCUGCUUCUACUCCAUGCGUAUGCGCAGGAUAAACGAUGUCCAUUUGUGUCGAUCCCGUUUGCGAGAGGUGAGAGGCCUGAAGAUUGGGUUCCACCAGAAGAUGUUUCUGCUGUUUAUUACGCCAAAUGUGAUGGCAUUGACGAGACACUCCCUAUGGGUGCUGACGGGAACGAUGGGAUUGUAGACAUCUUCUCUGCACAUUCCUACUACGAUGCAGCAGAGUACAGUCAACUUGCAGAAGAGGAUAUGGAAGGAUCGUCAACAAUGGAUCAAGUUGUAAAGAACACACAAGAUAACAUGUCCUGGCUUUCUAUUUGGUGGCAACAAUUUGUUGAUGCUUCAAUGUUGGAGAGCCCUGAGUCAAUGAAGAUGGAUUCUGUCUGCCUGAGGUACACCAGAAUAUUUUGGAACUUGAUCAUUGCGCCUUGGAAGUUUUUGUUUGCUUUUGUGCCCCCAUACCACAUUGCACAUGGCUGGAUUGCUUUUAUAUGCUCACUGAUCUUCAUAAGUGGUAUUGCUUAUGGUGUUACUAAGCUUACAGAUCAGAUAAGCUGCGUCACAGGAGUAAGUCCAUAUGUUAUUGCAUUCACAGCACUGGCCGCUGGAACCUCAUGGCCAGAUCUAGUUGCUAGCAAGAUAGCUGCUGAGCGUCAAGUCACCGCGGACUCUGCAAUAGCCAACAUCACUUGCAGUAACUCGGUGAACAUAUAUGUUGGCAUUGGUGUUCCAUGGUUGAUUGAUACAGUGUACAACUUCUUCGUUUACCGGGAACCAUUGUACAUAGAUAAUGCUGCCGGUCUCAGCUUCUCCCUUCUAGUCUUCUUCGCGACAUCAUUUGGAUGCAUAACGGUUUUGGUUCUGCGUCGUAUUAUACUCGGUGCUGAGCUUGGAGGCCCUAGGCUAUGGGCUUGGGUUACAUCAGUCUACUUCAUGAUCCUUUGGGUUGUUUUUGUUGUGUUUUCCUCUUUAAGAGUAUCUGGAGUAAUAUAGACAGGAAUUAAAAAAAAAAGGUAGUGGGGGCUUCGAUUUUCCAUAAAUUUUGUUGCAAUUGGUUUUCAUAUCCACAAAGAAAACAACUAUUGCGGGUGAAAAUUAGGGUCUGUGAAUUAGGGAUUAUAGAUACAAGUGCUUGUUCUAUAUAAUGAUUACUGAUGAAGCCAACAAUAUAUUGUGUAGUAUAAUUGAAGUUAUUGUAUCAGAAAGAAGGGAGAACAGUUGGAUAGCUCUUAAAUUUUUUAUUCAAUCAGAGUGUUGCAUUAUCAAUCAUACAUGUAAAUAUCGAGGCUUAUGUUUUGCUA